AUGAACUUCGUAGUGUUCGGGCUUAUCCUGAUAUGUUGCCAUGCUGGGGCAAUUGAGAUAGACGAUAAUUUUGCAGCUAUACAGUUUGCCGGACCAAAAAUAAAUUUAGAAAAUUUCUUCGAAAAGUUUAAGUCUUUACUGAAAAAUGGAACCAAUGGCCUCAAAAUAUACGGAAUUCCGAUUUGUGAUCCGUUCAUUGUGAACAAACUGCCCAUCAAAUAUAAUUUAUCUACUUUUGUGGAUAACAUAGACUUCAAGGGAUUUCUUGAACAUUUUAACGUGAGUAGUUUGGCCUCGUAUAUUGUCAAUAGUGCUAAAUUCAAACCAUUUGAUUUGAAUGCCUACAUAGAUAUAAGCUGGCCGUUGAUAAUCGCGAAUACUAAUUACUCCUUCAAAGGCAACAUCCUUAACUACGAUGUUUAUGGAGGUGGAGAUAUAAAUGGAACCCUGUAUAACUUCAGAAUUAUUAUGAAUGUUGAUUUCAACUUGAAGAACAAGCAUAUGCAAGUUCAAAAUAUAGAAACAAAGACUUUCUUGGAAGCAUUAGAUUUUAACGCAACGGCCUUUUGCAACGAUAAGGACAUAUCCGAAAUAUUCAGCAAGACGAUCUCCGAUGUUACGUCUAAGUUCACCGCCCAAAAGAUCCAAAAGAUUGCGUAUAUUAUUAAUAACAUUGUCAUAUGGAUUCUCAACAAAUUUCUAUUAACUAUGACAUUUCCAGAUCUAUUGAAAGUAAUAGGUUUGUAA